AGAAGCAGAACGCGCCGCUUUUCAGGGAAAUUUAAUUUAGGGAGCCAACGUUUGCUGUGUUUUGUGCAUUUAAUAAUAACAAAUAGACACGAUGGCAGAUAAGGCGCAGGAACAGAGUAUCAUGGACAAGUCCAUGCGGUCGGUGUUCGUGGGCAACAUACCCUACGAGGCCACCGAGGAGAAGCUCAAGGAGAUCUUCAGCGAAGUGGGCCCGGUGCUCUCGCUCAAGCUGGUGUUCGACCGGGAAAGCGGGAAGCCCAAGGGAUUCGGCUUCUGCGAGUACAAGGACCAGGAGACGGCUCUGAGUGCAAUGCGAAACCUCAACGGGUAUGAGAUCGGCGGCCGGACGCUGCGGGUGGACAACGCCUGUACGGAGAAGUCGCGCAUGGAGAUGCAGCAGCUGCUGCAGGGUCCCCAGGUGGAGAAUCCGUACGGCGAGCCGUGUGAGCCCGAGGACGCCCCCGAGCUGAUCACCAAGACGGUGGCCUCGCUACCGCCAGAGCAGAUGUACGAGCUGAUGAAGCAAAUGAAGCUGUGUAUCGUCAGCAAUCCGUCGGAGGCUCGCCAGAUGCUUAUGCUGAAUCCACAGCUGGCGUAUGCCCUGCUCCAGGCCAUGGUGGUCAUGCGAAUCGUGGACCCGCAACAGGCGCUGGGCAUGCUCUUUAAGGCCAACCAGAUGCCGCCCGUGCUAGGCGGCAAUCCACACCAGGGAUCCGGCGGAUUAUCCAUGAUGGGCCAGCAGCAGCAGCAACAGGUCCAGAUGCCGCCACAGGUGCAGAUUCCGCAGCAGCAAAUGCAACAAUCGGCACCCCCACCGCCCAUGCCCGUGCCCGGACCUGGCUUCCCCACCAACGUGCACUCCAACGACAUCGACCUGCGCAUGGUGCCGGGCGGACCCAUGCCGCUAGAUCCCAGGAUGAUGGGUCGUGGCAUGGACCAGGACUUACGAGGAGUGAUGCCGAAUCCAGUGCCGCCCCCGCUAAUGGAUCCCCGGACCCGAGCCCAGAUGCCCAACCAGCAGCAGCAGGGUCCUCCGCAGGCCCCACCUGCUCCCUAUCCCAGCGAUCCGCGUCAACGCCCCAUGGAUCCACGCCUGAGGGCCGGACCUGGGCCGCCACAGCAGCCUCCGCAGGUGCUUCCUCAGGCGCCGCCGCCGACACAACAGCAACAGGCUGCUGCCCAGCAGCUGCAGAGUCGUUUGGGCGCACACGGAGUUCUGCCCUCCGAUGCCUCUGAUCAGGACAAGGCCGCUCUUAUCAUGCAGGUGCUGCAGCUGUCCGACGAGCAGAUCGCCCAGCUGCCGUCCGAGCAAAGGGCCAGCAUCCUGAUGCUCAAGGAACAGAUUGCCAAGAGCACCCAGCGUUAAUUAUAUAUUUCUGGAAAUCAAACAAUAAAGCGAACAUCUUCACAUCA